UCAUUGACGAAACGGUGUGGUCGAUCGACCAGCUAGCCGUUGCUUUCCUUGACGCGCGCGCACACCCCAGGGCUAGUGAGGUAGCCGUAGCUCCGGCAAUGGCCGCUCUCACCGUGCGACAGCGGUGGCUUGUGGCCCUCCUCGUCGGCCUCCUCGCCGCGGUCCAGGUGGCUGACGGGGCGCCGUGGUUCUGGCCGCCGGGAGGGGACGACCCCGGCGGCUGCCUGAGCUGGCGGGUGAUGGUGGAGGCCAACAACGCCAAGUUCUGGCGCGCGGUGCCGGCGCCCUGCGUCGGCUACGUCUGGGCCUACAUGUCCUGGGGCCAGUACGGCCGGGACGUGAGCAGCGCGACGGACCAGAUCGCCGCCUACGCCAGCCAGACCCCCGCCGCCGGCGACGGUCUCGACGCCUGGGUCCUCGACAUCGACGACACCUGCCUCUCCAACCUGCCCUACUACCAGGCCAAGCAGUUCGGGGCUUACGAUCCGACGGCGUUCAAGGCGUGGGCGAGCAGAGGGACGUGCCCGGGGAUUCCGGCGAUGGUGAGGCUGUUCUGGACGCUCAAAGGGGGAGGCUUCAGGGUUUUUCUUCUCUCCGGGAGAGACGAGGAGGCUCUCGGCGCGUCCACGGCCGCCAACCUCGCCGCAGCCGGUUUCGCCGGGUACGACCGGCUCAUCUUGAGGAGCGCGGCGUACCGGGGGCAGAGCUCGGUGGUGUUCAAGUCGGCGGAGCGCCGGCGGCUGGUGGAGGAGGGGUACCGGAUCCGCGGCAACGUCGGCGACCAGUGGAGCGACCUCCAGGGCGACUGCGCCGGCGACCGCGUCUUCAAGGUGCCCAACCCCAUGUACUUCGUCCCCUGACCGCCCAAACAAUGUACUACUAGUAUGUAACAUGUAAAUAACGUGACGGCGAAGCACCGCUAUAUAUAUGGGGUGGCCGUGUAUCCCCGCCCCAGGUGGGGUUUGGACUCUAGCUGCCGCCGCGCGCAUCACCCGCACCGGUGUAUACAAUCAUAUCUUCUUCCUUCCCAACGAUUCCCAUUCCCUCCCGCGCACAGAUACAGAGAGAGAGCUUUACUAGAGAGGGUGGAGGUGGAUGGGGUGGCGACAUGCAUGGUUGUGCUUCUCUGAGAGGCACGGACGUGUCUUUCGGAAAUUUUUCUUCCGCGAGAGGUAUAAUUGUGCUUUCGCGAAAAGCACGGCCAUGUCUCUGUUGGAAAGAAAAAGAAACGUGCUCUCGGUUCUAUUUUUUCGUUCGGUUUUUAUCUUUUUUUUGUGAAAAAAAAGUUCAUCAAAAUUUAUCAACAUGGAUCUAGUUUUGAAGAUCUCAACGCGAGGAAUCCAAUGGUGAAAACGGCGAGUUCGUGCUUUUUAGGCUGGCCAUGUCUUUGUUCGUAUUAGCGUUGGGCCAGCGAGUUCGUGCAACAUUUUUCUUCGGCGCUGCUGACUCAUCGACUCGUGUAGUGCAUCAGC